CCUCAGCCUCCCUAGUGCUGGGAUUACAGGCAUGCAGCACAAUAUCCAGCUAAUGUUAACUUUUUAAAAAGAAAUCUGUUGCUUUUUAGGUUUGGUGCGGUAGAAUCCUGCUUGUCUAUGAAAUGCAGUUAACACAUCAGCUGGAUAUAUUUCCCGAAUGCAGGGUGACCCUUCUGUUAUUUAAAGAUGUGAAAAAUGCUGGAGACUUGAGAAAAAAGGCCAUGGAAGGCAGCAUUGAUCGUUCAUUAAUAAAUCCUACAGUGAUUGUUGACCCAUUUCAAAUACUUGUGGCAGCAAACAAAGCAAUUCACCUCUACAAACUGGGAAAAAUGAAGACAUGAACUCUAUCUACUGAAAUUAUUUUCAAUCUGUCCCCAAAUAACAAUAUUUCAGGAACUUUGAAAAAAUUUGGUGUCUCAGCAAGUGACACAUCAGUUCUAAUUGUUUACAUCGAAGAGGGAAAUAAACACAUAAAUCAAGAGUACCUAAUAUCUCAAGUGGAAGGUCUUCAGGUUUCUCUGAAAAACCUUCCUGAAAUAACAAAUACUUCAGAAGUCAAAAAGAUAUAUAAAUUGUCGUCACAAGAAGAAAGCAUUGGGACAUUAUUGGAUGGCAUCGUUUGUAGAAUGUCAACCAAAGAAGUUCUGUGAAAUGUUAGAAAUAUUAACAGAAAUUGUCAGGAUUAAAGAAAAUACUAUUUUUUAUUAUCUCUACAUUUGUAUAUAUUCAAAUACAUUUUUAUAUAAUUAGAAGAAAAAAAUGCCACCAUUUAUUGAGUGCCUACAGUAUACUGGGUUCUUACCUGAGCAAUCUUAUAUCCACCAGUUCACAUCGCAUCCCUACUUGAGCCUACUCCAACACUUCCCUUCCAAGCUUCUGGAUCCUGUUUUGUAUUUUAUGGGUAUUUAAUUCUCACAGAAGGCCUACAAAGUCAACAGUGUAUUUACCCCCACUUUGUACAAGGAGCAACUAAAAACUUGUAGAAACAAUGUGAAAGCCCUGGGUUCAAUCCCCAGUACUACAAAAAACAAAAAAGAAAAAAAAA